AUGUCUGACGAUGAAGUAGUAGCGGUGAAAAAGCCUAAACUGUAUUAUGGGUCUCUGGAGGAGCAGGAGAAGGCUCGGCUGGCGGCUCUGGCGGCGGCUGCCAGGGAGGGAGUUAAAGAAAGUGCCAAAGAAACUGGUGACAUACAAAUUUCCAAUGAAUACAUGGAGUUGGAAGAUGAGAUAACAAAAGAUAAAAAGGCGUUAUUAGAGGAGUUUGAACGGAGAAGGAAAGCUCGUCAGUUGAAUGUAUCGACUGAUGAUGACGAGGUCAGACGGAGUCUUCGUCAACUUGGUGAGCCUGUGUGUCUGUUUGGAGAAGGUCCGGCUGAGAGAAGAGUCCGCUUGAGGGAUCUACUCAGCUAUUUAGGUGAGGAUGCUAUCCACAAGGCCUUGGAGGAAGAGGAGGCCCGUCUGGAGAGGGACCGAGGCCGGGAGGGGACUUGGUAUCACGAAGGCCCCGCGGCUUUAAGGAGGGCCCGGAUCGAUAUAGCAAGAUUCUCACUACCGAGGGCUAAACAGAGAUUGGCCCAAGCUCGUUCUGAGCUGGAGCUAGCCGGCAGCGUGAGGGCGGCCGCUAAACAAGACGCACAGAGGAAGGCUGCUGCUAACUCUAUAUACUGUAGUCAGAUAGGUGACACGAGACCCAUAAGCUUCUGUAGGUUCAGUUCAGACAGUAAGAUGCUUAUAACGUCGAGCUGGUCGGGCGUGUGUCGCGUGUGGUCUGUCCCGGGGUGUGUGGAGGUCCAGACCUUGUUGGGUCACACUUGUAACGUGAGCUCGGCGACCUUCCACCCUCAAGCGGUGAUGCCGCAUCAUCUGCAACUCAAGGCGGAAAAAUCCGAGGAUAAAUCUGACGAUAAAUCCGAAGAUAUGUCGGUGGAUGUAUCUGACGCAUCACAUAACGUAGCGAUGGCUUCCUGUGGUUACGACGGCAGUGUGUUCCUGUGGAACUUUGUCAGUGAGUCUCCCCUCGCGUCACUCCAGGGUCACUCUCCGUCGCGCGUGUCGCGGGUAGAGUUCCAUCCAUCAGGUCGAUACUUAGCUACUACAGUGUUUGAUCACUCCUGGAGGCUGUGGGACUUGGAGACACAGACGGAGGUUCUUCACCAGGAAGGUCACGCCAAGCCGGUGUACAGCGUCGCCUUUCAAUGUGACGGAUCCUUGGCAGUGACCGGUGGUAUGGACGCGUUCGGUCGUGUGUGGGACCUCCGCACGGGUCGCUGCGUCAUGUUUCUUGAGGGUCACUUGGGACCCGUGCUUGGGGUCGACUGGGCCCCCGCCGGUCACCAGCUAGCUACGGCCGCCGCUGAUCAUCAGGCUAAGAUCUGGGACCUGAGGCGUCGGUCGUCCAUAUACACAAUACCUGCGCACACGCAUCUCAUCAGUGACAUCCGUUAUCAACGCAGCCAGGGUCACUUCCUAUUGACCUCCUCGUAUGACAAUUCUGCCAAGCUCUGGUCAAACCCCGCCUGGCACCCGCUGAGGACACUCUCCGGACAUGACAAUAAGAUAAUGAGCUGUGAUAUUUCCCCGGACAACAAGUACAUAGCGACCAGCUCCUACGAUAGAACAUUCAAGCUAUGGGCUCCGGAUAUGGCUUAA